CUCAUGUCCUAUGACAGUUAACGAUAGCUCUUGACCUCACCCUCUGUACGUCUUUUGCUGAUCUGCACCCAUGCUUUCUGGUGGCUCCCGCCGAUCGCGGCUUCUCUUCCCAUGGGCUCCAUUCGAGUGCUCGGGGCCGCCUCUGUCCAAAGAUAAGUGCGCACUUAAUGUUCUCACCCAUGGAUAGAAAAAUUCCGCGUACCCCUGGGGCCAGGUAAUAACGUCGCACGUCACUGAUCUGUGGGAUGCAUGAUCCAAACUCGACGGAAAUGACCGUUGGCGAGAUGGCCAGUGCGAGUGCUCAUGCGAUGGUUAGUUCCAGAGGAUAAUCCUCCGAUGCAAGAAGAGAGGAUCUCAUUGCCGAUCUAGAGGCAUGAGAGUCAUUGCAUACGUCAAAAAAGCCAUGCUGUAAAUCCUCGAAGUUGCGCUCACGUGUCGGGCACUCCAAUUGCCGCCGCUGUCACACUCUCAUCUUCAACUUUCCUCCUACGCAUUCCAUCCAGUUCCAUAAGCGCUAAUUUUGUACACUCUCAUGCUCGGACAAGCAAACGCGCACUUGAUCUCGGGUCCAAUCCAAUCCGUAUCUCCAUGAACGCGAAUCUUACGGGCCUCCCAUACACUAUUGCAUUGCCGCUCAGGGUUUGGCCGGGAUGCAUCCAUACCCGGCACUUCUCCAGUCGCUUCUUGCACGCAUUUCCCGUCCCUUGCGGAGAACUUGCUUCUGGGGAACUAACUAGAGAACAGGGCACGGGGCCGGCCGGGUUUGCGAAAACCAGUGAGGUUGCAGGUAUGACCAGGACGACGCUCAAUACUUCGUGUCGCAGUUCCACGGUCGGACGACUUCCUGACUGAGUAAUCCCUGGCGUUCCCACAGAACCGCCUUUUAAGUGACCGUGUCGAGCCCUGAAUACGUACUGCAUACAUCAUGGGUACUGUGCUCCAAACCACAUUCACAACACUCGCCGUUGUCGUCUUAUCCGCCCUUGCGGCGCCAUCUCCUGCCUGGAAUUUUGUUGAAAAGGGUGUCUCUGGGAUCGUCGCGCUCGAAGCGAUCGUGGUUUCCCCGAAGCUCGUCGUAUUCUUCGACCGCGCGACGAACGACCCCCUCAAGACCGCCGACGGCAAGACGGCAUGGGGCGAGCUUUGGAACUUGGAGACCAAUACCGGGACCCCGCUGAAGCUUGUGUCGGAUUCUUUCUGCGCCUCGGGGGCGCUUCUCAGCAACGGCACCAUGGUCUCCGUCGGCGGGCACAUCCCUGAGCCUGCCGAUCUCAAUCAGACUGGGGCGGUGGACGGUCGGAUGGGUCUCAGGCUCUUUGGGCCAUGUCUUGACCCUCCUGCCGGAGCCGGCUGCAGUGUGUUCGAGGACUUGGAGCACCUUCAUCUGGCUGAAACUCGUUGGUACCCCUCGUCUCUGCGGAUCUUCGAUGGGUCCUUGAUGAUCGUCGGCGGCAUACAUGAAGGCACACCUUUCUACAACACUGAUCCUGUGAACAAUUUCGAAUUUUUCCCGUCUAAAGAUGGUGGCGUCCCACGACCUUCCGCUUUCCUUGAGCGCACCCUUCCCGCCAAUCUGUUUCCUCGUGUUUUUGCUUUACCUGACGGCAAAGUGUUCAUGAUUGCUAGCAACCAGUCCAUCAUCUAUGACAUCGAGGCGAAGACAGAGACCAUCUUGCCCGACCUGCCCAAUGGUGUUCGAAUCACCAAUCCUAUGGACGGGACCGCUCAGCUUCUGCCGUUGUCUCCGCCGGAUUACAUUCCAGAGGUGCUCGCGUGCGGUGGAUCAAACAAGAGCGAUCAAACCCCCGUAGAGCAACUCUCGUCGCAAGAUCCCGCUUCUUCGCAGUGCAGCCGUAUCACUCUGACACCGGCCGGUAUCGCCAAGGGCUGGGAAGUCGACCACAUGCCCCAAGGUCGUAUGAUGCCAGAGAUGAUCAUCAUGCCUAAUGGUCAGGUCGUCAUUAUCAACGGCGGGGAGACUGGGUAUGCUGCCCUAAGCUCAAUUGGCACGACGACCGGGAACUCGAAUGCUGACCAUCCAGUGUUCACCCCAAUUCUCUAUACACCUUCUGCACCAUUGGGCCGGCGCAUGUCUCAAGCAGGGCUUCCAACGACCGACAUUGCUCGCAUGUAUCACUCAACGGUCACGCUCACGCCUCAAGGGAACAUCCUUCUCGGUGGAUCGAAUCCCAACCCGAAUGUCACAGUUGUGCCUCCAGGACAGCCAGGAUUCUCUUCGGAGUUUCGGAUUCAGACACUCGACCCCCCGUUUAUGUCGAUGGCCCGACCCACCCUGGCCAACGUUCCCACUCACAUCGGGUUCAAUCAGAAUUUCACGAUCCAAAUCAGCGUGCCUGCUGGCGUUUCCACCGCAUCCGUCAAAGUGGCUCUGAUGGAUCUCGGCUUCUCGUCACAUGCAUUCCACUCAAGCGCCCGGCUCGUUUUCAUGGACGCCGCGCUGUCCAAGGAUAAACGUUCUCUGACUGUGCUCAGCCCACCGAACAAUCGCGUCUACCCACCUGGUCCAGCGUUCAUCUUUGUCAGUAUUGGAGAGACGACGAGUGUCGGAGCUCACGUCAUGGUAGGAUCCGGGGCAAACCCUCCAGUCAAGGACCAAGGAGUUCCACUGCCGAUUUGAGUUACUCGACAAUAGCACAAUGGCUUUGAAUGGUACAAAUGAAUGAAACGUUGUGAAUUUCUUGAACCGGUAAAACGGAGUCCGCGUCGUGCCGUUUAGCCUGAAGCAACUUGAGAACUAAGAGCGGCCAAAACUCUAUUUGCAGCAGGGAAAGUAGUUUGGCUGCGAUGGCGAAAACUUGCACUGAGAUGUCGCGAUAAUUACGAG